CGUUUCUUCUCCUUCAACUUCGUUCUUCCGAACUAGAUUGAAUUCUAAAACAAUAUUUCUUCCAUCUUUACAAAAAAAGCCAACCCACUUUACACAAAAUCAUUGGUAAUUGGUAGCAAUAAUGAGGUGCUUUUUACCUUGUUUUUCAGCUUCCAAAUCCAAACGCCAAAACCACUUUUCUGCUAAACCUGCCGUCAAUGCUAAUGAUAUAAUCCAACAAAAUCCUGUCCUUGAAGAAUCCAUCCACUGGAUAUCAUCAGAAUCAAAGGAAAAAGCAACAAACACCAAAGAAAACAAUGAAGAACAAGAAUGUUCAGAUUCACUAUUUUCUGUUUCUAUUGGUCGUGGAAAAUCAGUUUCAACAGAACAAAAUGCUUCUGAGACUGAAGUUAACAGUACUCCAAUGAAACUCCAUCCUGCAAAAGAGGUAUCUGGGUCAACCCCGAUUGUUCCGGUUAAGGAUCCGGAACCAAAACAAAACUCCAAAGGAAAAGAUAGAAGGGUGAAUCAAUCUCUGUUGGAGUAUAGAUAUCGAGAUUGUUACGAUGAUGAUGAUGGAUAUGAUGAUAUUAACCUUGAUGAUGAUGAUGAUGAUUCUCACGGUGAGAAAACAGAAAAAGGGUCUUCAGAAUCUUCUUUGUUUUCUAUAUCCACUGAUUUUAGUAAUAGAAAAAGAAUCUCAUUUUCAUCAACUGAAAAACUUGAUAAUGAAGUUACUAGUAAAAUGGUGGCACUCAAAGAAGAUGAUGAUGAAGUUUUGUCAGUGCUGAAUCCAAUUGAGAAUGUUAGUCAAGGGAAGGUGAAAGAGGUGAAAGCAAAAUUGUUGAAUCCUAUAAAGAAAGACAAAGAAAACAUCAAUAGGAGUGAAGAAAAGACUAGUUUGAAGGUGUCAUUAUCAUCAAAGAGAAAGAUGAAGGAAGAAAUUGGAGUAGAUACUAGCCUCUCGGAUUGGUUGGUUGAAUCAGAAAAUAAAGAUGAUAUAGGAAAAAGAGUUGAUGUUGAGGAUAGGCUAAUUCUAAGAGCAUUGACAGUUGAAGAAAUAAGGAAGUGUAGUUCUGUCUCUAAAACAUCCAACAAAUGUGUAAAGGAUGGGAAUCAAGAUUUGAGUUCAACAACAAUAAAGACCAGACUAGAACCAGCAUUUGAAGCCAGUGUUGAAAACUGAGAUACUUUAUUUUUAUUUUUAGUCCAGUUGUCUGAUCAUCUGGUGCAUAGAUGAUUGCAAUUUCCUGGUUUUGUGUGGUGCAAAUACCCUGUAAUUAAGAAUCUGGUUUUUCUAUUUGUUUUAUGUUGAUUUUGUAUUUGCAAUAAUUCGCCAAUAAAUAGGCGUGUUUAGGAUAUUUAGGAUGUGAUUCUAAUAAAG